GUCACGUCAAUCACGCGUGUACACGCCCUUUUAUAAUGCAGCAUGGGGGAGAGAACGUAACAAAAUGAAGGCUUCGUAGCGGAAUAUAGUCUUAACAUCAAAACAGAUCAAACGAUUCGCGAUCAUUCACGGAUGGUGACACAUAAUGCCGAUAGUUGACAAGCUCAAAGAGGCCCUGAAGCCGGGCCGCAAGGACUCCAGCGAUGAGGGCGACCUGAACAAGUUGUUGGCUUCAAACGCUAAGAAAGUGCUUUUACAGAAAAUCGAGUUUGAACCUGCCAGCAAAGGCUUCAGCUACCAGCUGGAGACCCUCAAGACGAAAUAUGUGAUCCUGAAUCCCAAGAACGACGGAGCAUCGGCACAGAGACCGACUGAACCUGCUCAGAUUAAGAGACAAAUCUCAGAAAGCCUGAGCGUGGGGCAAAGCGAUGGGAUCCCUGCACCGCAGAAGAUGCUCUUCCCUGGGAACAAGCUGUCCAUGAAGUGGGAACGGGUGUAUCGGGUUGGAGCCGGCCUCCACAACCUGGGCAACACCUGCUUCCUCAACUCCACUGUGCAGUGUCUCACCUACACCCCACCAUUGGCCAGCUACCUGCUCUCAAAGGAGCACAGCCGAUCCUGUCACCAAUCUGGAUUCUGCAUGAUUUGUGUAAUGCAAAAUCAUAUCAUCCAAGCCUUUGCCAACACAGGCAACGCCAUCAAGCCUGUAUCGUUCAUCCGAGAUCUCAAAAAAAUUGCUCGCCAUUUUCGGUUUGGGAGUCAAGAGGAUGCGCACGAGUUUCUGCGUUACACCAUUGAUGCCAUGCAGAAAGCUUGUUUGAAUGGAUAUCCCAAACUAGACAGACAGACACAGGCCACCACGUUGGUCCACCAGAUUUUUGGGGGUUAUCUGAGGUCUAGAGUGAAGUGCUCUAUUUGUAAAAGCGUGUCGGAUACGUAUGACCCAUACCUGGACAUCGCCCUGGAGAUUCGGCAAGCGGCUAACAUCGUUCGUGCUCUGGAACUAUUUGUCAAGUCUGAUGUUUUGAGUGGCGAGAAUGCCUACAUGUGUGCCAAAUGCAAAAAGAAAGUUCCAGCGACUAAGAAGUUCACAGUUCACAGAACGUCAAAUGUGCUGACACUGUCACUUAAACGUUUCGCCAACUUCAGUGGAGGAAAAAUUACCAAGGACGUUGGCUACCCAGAGUUCCUGAACAUUCGUCCGUACAUGUCCCAGAGCACGGGCGAUCCAGUGAUGUAUGGCCUCUAUGCUGUCCUUGUGCAUUCUGGGUACAGCUGCCAUGCUGGACACUACUACUGCUACGUCAAGGCCAGUAAUGGACAGUGGUACCAGAUGAACGACUCCAUGGUGCAUUCCAGUAACAUCAAGGUUGUCCUUAAUCAGCAGGCCUAUGUCCUCUUUUACCUGAGGAUCCCUGAAAAGAAAAACACAGAUGCUUCAAAUACAAAGCAGAACAUAGUGCACUCUGGGAGAACUAAUAUGACACCGGAGCAGCUGAAGAAGAGCACACUCAAUGGACCUUUGUCUUCACCACAGGUUACAAAGAAGCUUGAUCCAGCUCAGCUGAGAAAAAUCCAGUCUGUGGAUGGAGGUCUCGGUAUUCCAGUAGCUAGGAACUGUUCAGGGGUCCAAUCGCCGAAGAUGUCUAAUGGUACGGGGAACUCCCAUGCCCCACCCAAGCCACCCAGUGGACCCACACUGAUCGAGGAGCCCUUUAAGAAAGUGAAGAAGCCCAUACCUCAGCCUCAGUCCCGCAGCAGCACUCCUGCUCCAUCCAACGGCCUCCCUAAACCCGACACCGACAAGAGGAGCAACAGCGAGGGCCGAGGCCUGCCAUCAUCUACCUCACUCAAAUCCCUGUCUGACACCUCCUCAGCAGACACCUCCUCUGAGUCUAAAGAGUCCAUUGGCACAAGGAGCGCGCCUGUUGGUGACGUGUCUAGUGUGAACAGUCCAGCAUCCCCAGCUAAGAGCACAGAGCGUGUGAACUCAGAGGAGCAGAAGGUGGUGAAACUCAAACCCCAGGCCCUCACCAACGUCUCAUCAGAGCCCGUCAGCACCAUGUCCCCGCCGCCCGCCAAACGCCUCGCCCUGUCCGCCAAAAAGGCCAGUCCCCGGCAGAGCCUGAGCAGCAGCACUGAGGCUCCGCCCCCUUCAUCUCAUCAUCUGUCCAGUGAUCCCACACACCUUCUCAGCCGGGCCUCAACCCACCCGCACCACAGAUUUUCAACUCAUUCGCUCAACCUGCAAUCUCCACUUUCAACUCACCAUCCUAAAUUUUCAAGUCCCCUUAAACGGCCCUCCUCCACUCCGGAGUCGCCCGCUCAUGCUCUCUCUCCACAGACCAAUGGCAUUAAACCCCAGCUGCCCAGACCAAUCCAGAGCCAAAACCCGUCAGCCUCAACUACAGGAUUACCCCAGGUGCUCGCCAGUCCCACUCUAAAAAAGAAGAAAAAGAAACUAAAACGACGACAUUCGGAAGUAGAGCAGGACGCCCCUAAAGCCUCACCCCCAGAAGAACCAAUGCCAAGUACUGAAAACAGAAAGAAGAAGAAAAAGAAGAAGAGGAAAAGGGAACAAGAGGCAAAUGGUCUUGAGGGACAGAGAGAGUGUGUGCAGUCCCAUCUCGAGCCCCGUCAGGAUGAGGACUGGUGUCUUGGAGAAACUUGGAGCGUCAUGUCAGAAGCCAAAGAAAAGCAGUUUGAGUCCUCUAAAGCAGAGAAUCAGGAGACCAAACUUCAGUCAGUGCCUCCGAUUGCCCAGCCAGAGACCGACCCCGUCCCGAAGAAGAAAAAGAAGCACAAACUCAAAGAGCAGCUAGAAGUGCUUAGCAAUGGAGCCACGGCUUCAAAGUGUGCUGGUGUAAAAGAGGUUGAAAAUGCAAAGACAGAAUACCUAGCAGAGACCAAGAAGAAAAAGAAAAAGAAAAAACACAAAGCCUUCAGAGAAGAAGAGGAGAGACCGAGGGAUAAGGAAAAACUUCAUGUGGAGCUUCAAGAGACCAAUGGAGUCGAUACGGGCAAGCAGAAACCUAGUAAAUCAAGCACAGCUGCAUUGAUCGUUUGGGACAGCCAGGUUCAGGAUGGCUUCAAGCGUGGCCAGAACCAUCAAGAAGCAGGAGGUGCAUCGAGGAAAGGAACUUGCUCUGCUCCUAUGGGCUGGGACGGCAAGAAAAGCUGUGACAUAGUCGAGGAGCUCCUCAAGAACUCCUCAGAUAAAGCUUAUGGAACUGAGAUCCUCAGUUGGGAAGGAGAUCCGUCGGCCAUUAGCAGAGAUGCCAUAGAGGAUGCACGCUAUGCCAAAAACGAGACUGUCAUUGACGAGUGGGACAGGGAUUUUGACAGUGGAAAAGUAAAGAAAAUGAAAAAAUACAAAAAGGAGAAGAGGAGAAAUGGAAAUGUCUUCCAAAAGAUCCAAGAGCAUCGUAACAUGUGGUCAGUCACGCCAGGAGGCAGGAGGAGCAGUCUGGGGUUUCGUCAUUGAAAGUUUUGGAAUGUGGAUCCCAGUGGUGUGUCCUGACCAGACCAGUUGCCUUAUUGGAUCAGCAGCAGUCGGAUCUGAGAUUCUUCUGAAGAGCAUAAGUCCACCAGAGCGCAGCAGUACUGUGAAAAUAAAGCGAUGAGGCUGAGCUCAUCUCCUGAGGCUUUAGUCACCAUCUGAAAUCCAAAAUAUACACCACUGAUGGUGCCGUUGUGAUCUUAGGAUCAUAAUCAAUAGGACAAACUGUUGAGUUUGCACCCUGUUAAUCCUUAAUGAUUGGAAUUAUUCUUAUCGUAAUAAGAACAAUUGUUUACCAGGGCCGGUUUUAUUUAGGCAAGACUACACAGUAUGGCGAGCAUUCGGGCUGUAAUGGCCAAUGAUGAAUACUACCUGAUCUGGGGCUUUUUAUUGAGCAGAAAAUGGGAAAAUGAAGCCCCUCCCUCCAAUGACUCAACAAAUAUCAUUGUUCCCUUUAUGGAACUUUUGUUUGCUAAAUUGUUUUUGUUUUUCAUAUUAUUAGGCAGUUAUUUGCCUGAAAGGAUCAUCUGCUGGAGGAAGUAGUGUUGCCUUUUAGUUUGCCACAGACACACAGCCCUGCUGUCUUACAUUGCAAUACAUUUACUGCUUGUGAUUGUAUAUUUUCAUGUCUUGCCUGCUCGAAUACUAGCCCAUCCUCCACUUCCAACGCAACUUAGCAGAGUUUGAUUAUGUCACAUAGGAAAUGCAUUCAUUUUUUAAAGGGAAAUUAUUCUUGUGACAGUUUCUAUAAGGGUAUUUCCUAAAACGGCACCAUUUCCAGUCAGAGGGCGUGGUCUUUUAUGCACGGCGCUGCAUAUAACAAUGCAAUACAUUUCAUCCAUGUGAGCUAAAACGUAAAAAAAAAACACAGGCCUUAACACAAACCACUGUGUUUUUGCCAGGAGGGCUGAAUUAUUUAAUAAUUGGAGUAUCCCCUUGUCUUUGAUUUAGCGUGUCGCAUCCUGUAUCUCUUUUCUACUCUCUAUGCAACUACAGCAAUCCCACGGGUGCCCUGCGAAGGGGUCGGUCCGGGGAAAAACUCGACAAAAGCUGGUCCAAACUUCAUCUUUGUGAGGUGUAAACACCCUGUUCCAUGUCUGUUAGCAGUGCUAUUAUGCAUCGGGUCAAAAUGAUGUACAUGCUUAUCCACUCAAGAGCCGUCAUAGGAGUAAACCAAUGUUGAAGCUUUCCUAUUUAGGACAUUGUACAGUCUACCUUGUGCUCUCUGUGCCCCCCUCCAGUCAUUCUUGUUGUUAAAAGACCAUCUCUUCAUGAAUCCUUGGGUUUUAGAAAAGUUGCCUUGGUUUAAUUUUUAAAAAUGAAUAGAA